ACGGCGGCGGGGCAGGUCCCGGCUGGCCCCGGAGGGGUGGGGGGGGGUCCCUCCGCAUCGCGAGGGGCUCAGCCCUCCGCGCCGGCCGGUGGGAUGCCGCCGGUCCGCUCCUCUGCGGGGGAGAGCGGGCGGGAGCGCACGGGGGGCCGGGGGCUUUGCAGCAAAGAUGCCGGCAUCGCUCGGGGCCGGGCGGAACGGCCGCGGGAACCGGCUGGGAACAACUUCACGGAGCGACAGUGAUGUGAACGGAGCGCGCGCCCGCCGCCUCCGAUACCCUCGGCAAAUACUUCUGCUUUAAUAGGAAACCCUUUGUCAUAAAUCAGCAGCGUUCGUGUGUCCCCCCCGCGCCGUGCCGAGGGUGGCCGCACCCGCCGGGCGCGCUGGGGCCCGUCCGCCCGCCGGGGGGCCGGGGGGGCCGGGGGCAGAGCGGGCACUGCCCAACCCGGGGUGCCAGCGCCGGGGUCUGGCUGCGGAGCCGCGGCUGUGCGGGUAAAUAGAGAAGCGCGAACAAAAGGGGAAGGCGAGGCAGAGCCAGAACGGGUGGGUGAAGUUUCCGAAGGCACAAAAGCUUCCCUCCCGGUUCAGGGCUUCGCAGGAUGGCGACCGCAGCUGGGGUUUGUGCUAACGGGAGUUGUGCAGCGUGGGCUGAUGGAGGGUCUGUUGCUCUCCUGCCCGUGUUCCUGGGCACGUUUCACUUGUAGGCGACGCGACUGGAGUCAACAGCGAGACCCACCAAGUUAGCGGGGUGCCCAGGGCAAGGCCGGGGCUGGCGGCGUGCGGGAGGCAGCCGCGCGCCCCGGGGUCGGACGUGUCUUGUGGGACGGGGGCUCGGGCAGCGGCGCUUGCUCGGAGUAAAUGUGGCAGCAAACAGCGACAUUUAACCUGCUGGCGCUACCGAUGUUCCCCUAGCAAACAGGCUGGAAGGCAAACUAAAACAAAGGAAAAUGAGAGGCAGUGGGGUACUGUGCACUGGGUGCGAUGAACGAAAUGCAAACUGUAAACUGGGACACAUACGGCAUCAUCUGGAAGAUCUUUAAAAUCUAAGUUGGAAGGUGAGAUGGGGGAAAAGAGUAACUUUCAAAAGAGUGUGCAUAGAGUAAGGCUCCUAAAUCUGUCUUUUGUCUGCUAAACAAAUGAGUUUCAUUAUCUAGGCAGUAUUUUUUUAUAGAAGCCUAAACAUUGCACCUUUACUUGUGAUUCUAAAACAUGCCUGUUUUGUAGCACGCAACAUAACUUCUGAGGAAUCUGAAUAUAUUCAGAAGGGAAGGCACAUCCCUCACAUUUAAGGUUUUUUUUGUUUUCACGUUAAAAUGAGAAAGUUCUGGUUUUGUUCAUACCCUUGCUAUAACGCAGCAAUAGAUUAUUUUUUUUUUAAUUGUAAAAAUGUGACAAUUUUUGUCAUAUUAAUAAACCAAGAGCUUAGCCUGGCAAAGAUUUGUGUACGUGCUUGCCUUGAAAAACUGGAAAGGGGCAGUUUGCACCUUCGGUAGGGCUACUCAUGGCUUAGCUGAAAGUAGCCUAGAUCUUCAUCCAUCUGGUUUUGAGAAGUCACAUUCUUUCCCCCUCCCACCCCCUGAUUUUUGUUACUCAAAGUUCAAAACCUACUUUAACAACAAAUUCUCGGGGUAUCAGAGUGCAGUCCUGGGGCCGUUGUGAGUGUGGCCGUGCCAGGACAGCCCGCAGGGUGACACCUGGAGAGACCCUCUGCCUUACAGCAUGCCAUGGGAAACAGCCCCUUUCAUCAGCAACUUAAGUGAGCUGCAGAUUGCAUUUAGUGAAAGUAGGAGGACUGUAUUAAUUAAAACAACCAUAAAUGACAUCCUGAGCAAUAACAACUUUUAAAAAUCAAUACUGGCAAGAUAGCCUGGAAUUAAAAUAGAUUAAUGUUUCUUUAAAGACCAGCAAGCAGUGCGAUAGACAGCUGGGACCAUCUGCAUUGAAUGGUGAGUGGGAACUGAACCUCUUGACCCUGCUUCUUUACCACUUUCUUCAUUACUGGGCAGGUCAUGCCUCCAGACAUUAAAUGCACCAUAACCAAGAAUCAUGCGGGAGGAAUGGUGGGAAGGUCUUGGCCAGAUUGAGACGAUGAGCCACCUCGUGUGCAGCGAAACAGGAAUCCAGUCCCAGGGCAUCACUGGGAAUUUAGCAGCACAGUGGUUUGCAUUAUGCCCAGGGAGCAGCUCUGGCGGGUUGGGAAGGCCUGCGAGGAGCCAGGCUUGCUGAGGCUGGUCAGGGUAACGUGGAAGUUAAAGGCCAUUCGAUUAUUCGAAGUUUAGUUUGUCUCAAUGUAAACCAGCCUUUAGAGUGUUUUGAGGAGCGGAUUUUCUCCAAAAAGAGUGGCUGUUGGCACAGCUCCCAGUUCCCAAGGAAAGGUUAUCUUCAAGAGCAGCUCCAUCCCCCAACAGCGUGGGAUUCAAGAAUUCCGGCUCUGAUUUUUCUUUCUCCUGCUUUGUGUAUUAAAAACAUCUUUAAAUAAUCGUGUGCUUGGUUUGGGCUGCUGGUGUGCCCUGACAUUUCAACACAGAGCAUACACGUAGAGAUCACACCGUGCUUUGCCAGACAAGCCACAGAUGAGCAUGGGUCUGGGCGUGCUUACACCAGUCUUCACAUUACCUCUGGGAAAGCUCUGCCAUGCCUCCUGAGGAUGAAUCUGACCCAUUUCAGUCAAUGAGAGAUCUCCUAUUCCAAUUGCAUGUUUUCCAUUGUAAGCUGAUAGUUUCUGGCAUGUGUGGUGUCCCUUUGAUUGGAAUUCAUUCAGAAGCUUCCACAUGCAAAUGUUUCACAGCCAGGAGAGCCUCAGCUGACACAGCCAUUCAUCCCAACCGGGAUCGGGGCAGCUCCACAAUCGUAUUGAUUGCCGAAGCCGGGAUCCUCAUCCCGCUGCUGACACCUGCCCCCGAGCCGCUUCGGACAAGCUGUGCCAGCCCUCUGUCUGUAGAAAAUACAGAAGACCUUGCUCACCUCCUCUGGGAAGCCCCUGGAGAUUUAUGGAUGCAGCACGGUUUGUGAGAAUAUGCAGUGCUGGUUUGUAGGUCUGGUGUUGGAGUAAAUUGUGCUUCUCCACCCCCCCCCGUCAUCAGUCCUUCGUAUGGCAGUUGUGCAACGUGCCACAAAGCUCGUGAAUCAUCCAUUAGUGCGAUUAAUCCCGAUACUAAAAGUCAUCUUGACUUUAUCAGCAGGAUUCGGACUCUGCAAACAUCGUUCUGAGGCACAGAAGUAUUAUGUCUGCUUUCUGAGUUACAGAAUGUUAUCUCAGCUGAAAGAUCAGAUUUAACAAGAAUUGUCUUGCUCAGGGAUUAGCAGAGAGGAAUUUCAUUUCCACGUCCCACACUGCAGAUGGCAUUACCUAUGUAAACUUUCUGACACGCGGAUUGGUUGCAUUUACACAUAGUAACAUCAGUAUACAUACCACGGGACGGGGGUUUUGAGGCUCUUCUACAACAAGAAUAAAUCGCUUACUAUCUAGCAAGGGACUGGUGAGUUUGUGGGGCAGAUUUAUCCCGCAUUUGGGGUUUGUAUGGCUGUGACAGGCGAGGAGUCACAGUCAAGUUAGCUGUUGUUGUAAUGUUACUUUGCACGUUUUGGUCUUCCCUGAGGAAUCCAGGAUAUUUCUGGGUUUUCUGUUGUUAUUUUCUAGGAAGAAAAAUGUUGAAGUAGGUAUUUAAACCAAACCCCAACACUCUAGCUUGAACUUUUGAAUGUUCUCCCUGCACAUUUGUAAUAAAUGCAUCAAAUGAUUGAGUCUGACUCCCUUCUUACAUUAAUCUGUGUCCGGGUAGACAGUGUUUCUUGCUAUGAAUAUCUUGCAGGAAUAGAACAUUUGGUCUGAAUGAAAAAUACAACCGAUUAUUUUUACUCUUUGUCUCACACCGGGUCCUAUUCCGGUAACUGUGUCGUGCUUGAAAAGGCGUCUGCUGUGUUUUCAUUGCUGCUAUUUCUGAAGGGGCAGCUCUUGCAAUCUGCCAGUACAGUGAGGCAUAAACUACAGACCUCGAGGUCUAACGUCACCGCUCACAACUCUGACAGGUGGGAAUGCGCAGCUCCAUUUGUGUCUCUGCUGAUGAAAGGAUCCCUUUAUGGGUGGCUUUACCCAUCGCUGCUGUAGGUAGUGUUAGAAACUUGGGUGGUUAUUGCAGAAUCUCCCUCCUUGGUGUUGCCUUAAGGGAAGGUGCAAAGGAGUAAUGUGAUGGUGGAUGUCCUGUCACAUAUAACCUGGGGAGAGAAAAAGUAGUCAUGGGCUCUGUCCACUUCAUAUCCAGAGGAGACUCCUAAAGAUGAUGGUGGAUUUUUUUAUUAGACUCCCAGCUGCACAUAUUCAGGAAUGUUACAGACCAGAUCCCCCAGUGAAGCAGACCGCUGGGCUGAAAACUGACACUUUUAACCAUCAUCUUCAAUGGUCAGUCUGUAUGUCGAGGCUUGUGGUCUUUCUUAGCCCUGGGUUGUGAGUAAAAGUCUGAAGGCUGGAGUUCUUGUUGGUCCACUUAUUUCCUGGUUUUAGUGAGUUGGUUUUCUAAUUUGCCUUUGCACGUAGCGAGUGGGAUUGGGAAGCAUGGAACGAUACCAUUGCAAUGGAAAGGAAGGCAACUGAGUAAGGAAGAUGGUUAAUCGAGCAAUGUGAACCAGGUCCCCACUACUGAGGGGGAAAAAAAUCUUUGGUAAAAUUUUAUCUGAAAGAGGAAAGAUGAUGAAUAGUGAGCUAACAGUUAACAUCCUCAUUUAUGCCAAAAAUCCUCUGGAAAGGCAAGAGGUAAAAAAAUAGACUUGAAAUUAUUGUGAUAAAAUGCAAGGAGAAAAAGAAAAUUACAGGCCCUUGGCAUUCAUCAAGGGAAGGAAAAGAAACGUGCAACAUGAAGCUGAGCAGAAGCUCUCUGUGAGCCAUGCAGCGCACUCUGAAGAGUUAUGUCCAGCCACAGCUGCAGGCUUGUUGAAGAUUAAUCUAGUUAGUGACCCAAAGGAAAACACGGAAACAAUAUGAUCAGCUCAGCAGUUCUAAAAUAAUUUUGGUCUCUAUUAUGUCAUCCUCUUUAAAUAUCAAUUGUUUGUUGCUGGUUCUGUUGCCUAUCAGCACUAUUAUUAAGAACUGCUAUUUGCCAGUUGUUCUUUCCUGUCCUCUUAGCAAUAACUUCCUCUCUUUGCAUUUCUUUUACCUAAGAGCUGGACAUCCGUCUUCCUCCUCAUUAUGACAAACACGCUUAGAGCUCUUCUUUUCAGUUCUCUGUGCUCGGCUGAAAGCUCUGCUGCUUUAGCUGGGUUUUUCCUUUUCUCCCAUCAGCAUCACAAAGCUGCUGCAGUCCUGGGCAGGCCCGGUGUGCAGAUGGGCCAGGGAUACUGGCAGCUGUGCCUCGAGGGAUCGAUGGGAGCUGAAUUCUGAGAACUCGGUGAAGGGAGAUGCUAAUGGGAAAACAUUCAUUCCCAAAGUUACUUGUUUACCUGGGAAGUGGGAAGUGACAAGUAAUCUCCCUCAUUUGUACCUCUCAGGUAUUUGUUUAGAAUUUGAUAAAAUGCCAGUAUCUGCUAGAGGGUGUUCCUUGGGGUGAGUUGUCCUCCUGCUGUGUUCAUCAGUGGUGGAAGAUCAUUGAUUUAUAAACUGUGUAAACCAAUCACAGUUGUAGUUCUGGGAAUAAGUAUUUUGAGGAAAGCAUGGAGAAGGCAUUGCUUGCAGAGCGAUUGAUGCCUUCACUACUCACAAUAGUAGAUUUCCAAGGUAAAAACACUCCAUAUUUGAACUCUGAGAGUUUUGCAAGAUGCUUUGUUGGUCAUCCCCGUCCCCUCCAUCGAAUAUUGCUUGAGGAUCAUUUGAAAGUGCUUGAAAAGCUUUAGAAUUUUGCGUUUCAGUGUUCAGGGUGACUGUAGUUUAAGCAAGCUUUGCUUUCAGGAAGCAUUUAGCCAGAGCUGCCUUGUUCAUGCCUUCACAGGAGCAUUGCUCUGGAGGUAGUACCUUGGUGCUGGAGAAAGAAAUGUUUAACACCACACACUGAAUCCCAGCCACUGAAGCGGAACAUGCACGUCACAACUGCGCUCAGCCUUGCGCAUACUUGUCUUGCUAUAAAAGACAUCUGUGUUGGCUUGUUCAGAAUUAGACCAACACUUUUUCAUGCCAAUUUUUAGGGACUGCAAAAGUUUCAGGAAUAAUCACGAGAUGCAUUUUGAGGCAUCUGAUUUUUAACUGGUUUGUAGCGAUAAAUUUGAACAUCUGCAAGUUGUCAUAGUUCUGAUUUGGCUUUUCUUGGAAGCAGAGGUUCCAAAUUAGACACCGGAGUCCCUCGGAACGCUGAGGAAUUUGCACACCUUGAGCAGAGAGCGGCAGGUACAAGAAGGGAGGAUGCUGACGGGCAAGGUCUGUGCUGGACCCGAAGGUUUGCAGUGAACACUGUUUCCCCUGCACUCUGCUCUGCAGCUCAACUGAGCACAGGGCUGAUUCAACAACAGGUUUGAGAUUUACAGCUCACAAAUGCGCACAAAACAGGACAUCUCCUGAUGCUCCGUGGUGGCCAGCUUACAUAAUGUCACUUGCAUAACCCCAGCAAGUACGGUCCGGGUCUCUCUCCAUGCCACAUUAGGGCUCUCUGGGGUUGUGUCACAUUCACGCUCUGUUUGGAAUUGCACUUCAGUUCAUCGCAAAUUGAAGUUCCUCCUGUAUGAAGCGUGCGACCGCAGAGCCAGCGAGGCUGCAAGGGUUGCCCCUUCAGCCUUGAGUUCCCCUCAUCUCGCACUCAGAGCAUCUGUUUAACUUCCAGCCCAAUCUGCUGGAUCAUUUGCAGAAACUCUUUUUUCCUCCAGCAGGCCAGAUAGCUCAGUCUUGAUCCUUUGCCAGGGCGGUGAUCUCUCUCCUGUGGGAGACCGUUCCUUUCUGGAGAGUCUCAGAGAAGCCAGUCUGAACGUGGGAGAACUGAGAUCCGCUUGGCAAAGAGGGGAGAGUGGCUGUUAGACACUGAGGAAGAAACUGGUUUUUUCCGCCUUUCCAGAGUUUUCGCUCCAAGGUGAGCACCCUUAAUUACCACAGGGUAAUUACUAGUGGAUGAAAUCCAAGGCCCUUCAGACUCUUUGGUCACCAGGCAGUAACUUGACUUUGGGCUGGCUUUCACUCACUCCUCAGUUCUGUAAAAGACUGAACAGAUCCCAUGAAGAGCAAAAGAUAAAGUAGAGGAGGUUUGUUUGCUUCAGUUUUUAACUUGUACAACCUGAAAUUUCAGUAGUGUUUGCAGAGUUGAAAGGCUCAGGAUCUUUAAAACUCCCUUGCUGGUGGUGGGAUUCGUGUUGCCGGAUGGACACCAAGGCUGGAGGGCAGGAAUUGCAGGUCGCUGAAACAGGACAGGCGAGUCAUGUCCCAAAAGCCCCCUUCUCUCCCCCUCUGCUGCAAGUGGGACAUGACAGCUCAGCCCUCGGCACAGGGCACCAGGGGAGAAGUGUCCAAACCUCGUUGUCACUAGUGGGAAAGUGUUUCCACAGAUGAAAACAUCUCCACUCCUUCUCCAGUGGCUCAGCUCCCAGGCUGGUGCUGGCACCAGGUUUGGCAGAACCAUCUCCUUUGUUCAGAAAGAAAAGCGCAGGAUCCUGAGCUUUUGGGACUCAGGUCUUUUCUUGUCAGGGGGAGACUGGAUCUGCCUGUGGGAAACAACCACACCGAGGAUAAAUGCUGCCGAUGAAAUUUUAAUGCCUUCCUGGAUGAGGCAUGCAUGGUAAUGAUACCACCCAUCAUGGGCGAGUUAAUUGAAUCAAUGAGGUGAACAGUGGAGCCGUCCAGCAUAUGCCGAGGGUUUGAUCAGCCCAGCCGUUAGGGCAGGACCCUCGUCACUCACCGCGGCACGAUUACAGCCUGCGCCGGCCAGGGGAUUUGGUGGGAAGUGGCCAAUGAGGGGCCAGGCUGGCUCCAAAUCCAGCUUUUUGCAAAGCCCCAGAUAAAACAGACUUCCAUUAAUAAGGCGAGAAAGGUUAGGACAAGAAGCAUUACAGCAAAUCUGGAGAGGUAAGGUGAUAGUUUUGUCUGAGGCUUGUAGAGCAUAUGGCCCCAGCUUCUGCACGGGUAACCCAAGAGCUCGGUUAGUCUGUAAGUGGGGCAUGAUUUGCAUGUCUGCAGAAGCAGAGGUUUUAUUUGCUGAUGUUAAAAAAUUAGAUAGCUGGAGGCACUUGAUAGCAUCAUCAGGAAGCUAAACACGGAUUUUCUGUAUCUUCAUAGCUUGUAUGCUCAUUCCGGGUGAUAAAUAAGUUUCUUGGGAACGAAGCUCUGAAAAAUCAUCGUAACCUACCAGCUAGUUUUAGGUUCUGGGUUUUGAAAUGGAGAUUUGUGGUCAGAAAUCGUUGGGAAGCUUUGUACUUACGGAGCUAGAUCGUUACAGAGGAUCCAGUUUUUUGAUAAUUGCUCUUUCCCACUGGUCAGAGCCACGUACAGAAAUGGCAAUAGAGCAAGUAAUUGGACUAACUAAAGGGAAGGAGUUGUAAGAAAGUAAAGUUUGGUAAUGUAAAGCUGAACAUAAGAUGCAUUUGUCCUUUUUUGCCCUAAGCUUGAGUUCUAUUGCUUUACAAAAAUUGUGACGAGCCUUUUAAACUGUUUGUGGCAGCAUAGGCUGAAGCUUUUCCUAGACAGUGGUAAUCUCUUCUGCAAACCACCUUACAUCAAUGUGACAUGUCUUCACCGCCAGCCCUGCAUCCCCUGCUGUUUUUCCCUUCUCCCUCUCCCUGCUAUAAAAAAAAAAAAAAAAAAAAAAAAAAAAGGUGGCAGCUGUUGGAAAGUAUAGUCCAUUUGUUUUAUGAUGCCGCUUUGGGAAUAUGAUCCAGAUCCUACAUGUGAGAGAGAAAACAACAGAGCGAAAGAGAAGGAGGGGGUUUAGAAGCUCUGGGAAAUAACUUGCUUAUUUUAAGUGUAGCAUAGAAAUAUCAAUCUUUAUAGCACAAGGUUCAGGGAUAAAGCAGAACUGCUGUUAAAGGUCCUAGCUUGGAAAUCAAAGAGAUCACUUGUUUAGUGUUAGUAAUUUUAAAGUUUGUUCGUUGUUUUGUACAAAAUUUUCAAGUGCAUUGAAAUGUCUUUGAUUGUCCUCUGGUGAGAGGUGCCUGUAGUGAGGGUGUUAGGAUCUGAAGACAUGUUACAUUGCAACAGUGUGAUUCUUAUCAGGGUUUAUUUUGCAUUUACUUUAGCACUUUAGGUAAAGAAACAAGGUUGUCCAUCGAAGGCACUUCUGUUUGUUAUUCUGACUCCUGAUUUCAGUUCAUUACAGGGCACAAAAGACACAAGAGCAGAAGAAUAUGCUAAAACUGCUGGUGGACAAAACCUUUCAUAGUUCUAUGCCUUGGGUUUCUGCCAAGCAAUUAAUGGAAACUCAAACUGUUUAUUUUUGUUGUCAGGUCAAAAAAUCCACUCCUGGGAGCUCCUCUUAUUCCUAGAGGGAAACUCCUAGAAAAAAUCCAGAAAAAUCCAAUUGCUAUUCCGUGAAAUGGAUGUAGCACAGCUGUCCAUGAAGGAGGUCGGAGACGGGCUGCACGAGCAGAUGAACUGCAUGAUGGGUGCCCUGCAGGAGCUGAAACUCCUCCAGGUCCAGACAGCUUUGGAGCAGUUGGACAUCUCAGGGAGCCGAAGCGCCGUGUCUGGCAGUGAGCAGCACCAGUGCUGCCGGAGCAGCAGAGAAGCGCCGGGGGCCGAGUGGCUGUGGGGGCAGGCAUCGGUGGGGGAGCGCAGCCCUGCGUCCCACGCGUGCGCUGUGCCACAGCUGGCGGGUUUGUCCAGUCCCGAAGUGCUCCCGGAGGGCGGCCACCUCAGAGACACCCCCUCCUCCUUCAGGAGCCUCUGUGGGGAGGAUGUUCAUCACCCGAAAGGACCUUCUCCCACAUCGAGCAGAGCAAAGCCCAUCCGCCCAAGGACAUUCGAGCCCAGUAGCCAGGGCACGGCUGGGGGGUGGCCAGUAUGCCAGGAGUGCCCAGGCUGUGACGAUGGCCAUGACUGGACAUCCUCCCUAAUGUCCCAGAGCAGGAAUCGGCAGCCGCUGGUCUUGGGGGAUAACAUCUUUGCAGACUUGGUUGGGAACUGGUUGGAUCUGCCAGAGCUGGAUAAGAAAGGGGAGAAGAGCGAGGCGUCACUGUCAAUGAGCAGAUCCCAGGAGCUCUGCAGGAAGUUCUCCCUCACUGCCAACAUCUUCAAGAAGUUCCUGAGGAGCGUUCGACCAGACCGAGACAGGCUUCUCAAGGAGAAACCUUGCUGGCUUCCACCUGAAGACAAACAGCCUGAAAUUUCCAAGAGACCCAAAAAAGUGAACAAACUCAAGGGGACAUUUUACUUCCCACUUCACGGGAACGUCCAGAACCAUCACUGCAAAGCGGAGAGGUGCCCGAAGGCAGAAAGCAACAGCGAGAAACCCAGAACUGGCACCAAGAAAGUCCACGAUACCACAGACUACACCCAGUCUGGGUUUGACAUCAAUACAGCUGUUUGGGUCUGAGUCUGUCAGUGUUUUCUGCUCUGCUGAGCAUUUGUUUUACACCAGAGAGGAGGGGGUGGCCAUACACGUGUUUUCAGGAGACCCCUGAGCUCUCAGCGUGGACAGAGUUGAGAGAGGAGUCCUCUGCAAAACGUGCUGGGGUCUUCAGUCACUGGCAAGUGGCUUUUUCUAGAGAACUGUGGCUUCAGGCACAGUCCAAGUAGCAGCUGACUCAGUCCUGCAUGGGGAGACUUUUGGGGACGGAUAUUUGCAAAAAUAUUCAGAAUCUUUAGCAGCUUUAGGGUGAGUGGUGCCACAGGCAACCAGCUCUGGGAGCCUGGCUUGUGGUAGCCACUUCAGGCCCAUUCCAUCAUCUCUAGUUACAAUGGCUGCAGCACAAAAGUCACUGUGUGCAUGUGUGUGUAUGAGUGUGCAAAUUAUAUAUAUAGGUUUUUUUAAAAAAAAUAAUCUAUUCCUGCUUGUGUGCACUUAAAACUGAGUUAUAAACCAGGCAAUUCAAGUGUGGUACCUGAAGCACUUGUUAUUUAAAUUGAAAGGGAUAAGUUUGAAUUUAUGAGACUCGCACAGUUGCCAAGUGGGGUGUUGAACCCCAGCUUUGCCGGGUUUCAGCUGUGGGGGUUUCCCCUUCAUCUGCAUCUCUGCUGCGGUCCCAGCAUCUCUCCUUCCCUCGGUGGUUAAACCAGGACACAAGGCUCCUUUCAUGCAAGUUUGUGACCCUCAGGCUCGCAGUGGGUUUUGCCUCUGCCCCCUCGCCCUUCUCCCCAGGGGUCGCACCAGGUAGAACGUUGCAGAGUUUAUUGUUGAUGUUACAGCGAGGUACAAAGUUGCAACAGACAUUUAUUGUUGUUUCCUACCGCGGUUGUGUACAAGCCUCCUCUUGACAGAACCAAGUUCUUCAGUGUCCAGCUCUCCAAGAGUUACCAAUAAAGUGGCAUCAGUCUCCAGCA